AUGCUACUUAAAAGCAGGAUGGGUGGACAUCGGCGGGAUCAGAGUGAUAGCCAUGUACCAUUACGCCCAUCGGCCGAUUUUGGUAUUGAGGGCACCGAGCUUCAGGUACGACUUGAUGCUUCUCAACACUCACUUGCCUCACCCACAUGCAACGGGAUUGCCAUAAACAUCGAUCCAGCUGAUCCCGAACCCUCAUGUAUCAGUCCAAAACCUGUGAGUCAUUUUAAAGCUAUUCAAAUUUAG